UGCUUUGCGAAUUAGCCACGUAAACGUAGCACCGGUCAAACCAGCUUCAUCAGCAGCGGUUGGACUAGUGUGAAUGUGUCACUGUUCCGCACUUUGACACACGUCUCAAACAUCUCAGUGAUGCUACUUUAUUUCGUCAGGACGCGUUUUGCUGGAUUAUAUCACUGAGAUGUCAGGCGUGCUGUUCGCCUCUGUGGUGCGCGUGGAAGAUGGCCUGCCGCUGUCGGCAUCCACAGACUACGAGCAGGACCGGGAGCUGCACGAGACCAGGAAGCACAUGAAGGCUCUCUCCAAGAAGCUGCCGCACUUCCCUGACAGAUGCACCUUCAGGAGCGGGUCCUACAAUGUCAACUUCACGAGCGCUCUGGGUGUGUGUUACAUGAUGGUGUGUUUGUCUAGUUACCCUAGCGUGCUAGCCUUCUGCUUCUUGGAUGAACUCCAGAAGGAAUUCAUCGUCACCUACGACGGUCAACGCGUCAGAGCUGCCAUCAGGCCGUACUCCUUCAUACAAUUUGACGUGGUGAUCCAGAGGACGAAGCAUCGCUACAACAGCCCUCGCUCCCUCUCCACCAAGAUCAACAUGGCCGACAUGCAGACGGAGAUCAAGCUGCGUCCUCCCUACCAGCUGACCCCCGAUGACCUUCACGGCAUCAACGGCUUCUCCUCGCGGCACUCCGCCAAAUACAAGGGCAUCGCUCCCACACAGACGUUGGAGCCUCUGACGCUUCCCGGCGCCGUGUCUUGCGUCCUCAGCGUGCUGUGCGGCGGCCUCAACCUGCUGCGAGGCGUCCACGCCAUCGAGAGCAUCCUGCAGAACGAGGACGAGGACUUCAGCUAUGUCAUCGCCUUUUUCCUGGGCACCGCCGCCUGCCUCUACCAGUGCUUCCUGUUCGCGUACUUCACGGGGUGGAGGAACGUGAAGUCGUUCCUAGCGCUGGGGCUGGUGUGCGUAUGCAACAUGUACCUGUUCCAGCUCAGGAACCUGUGGCAGAUUCUGUUCCACGUGGCCGUCGCCGCCUGCAUGACGCUGCACACGCACUUCAGGCAGCCCCUGGGCAAGGCGCCCGACUACAACGUCUGAGCGGAUUCUGAAGGCCAAGAGAAAUUUAUGGUGGAGCAGCCGAAGACCCUCCUACUUAUUGCUGUUGAAAAACAAAAUUGACAAGAUACUUGUCAACGGCAGUGAAUGAGUUAACCCCAAACACACCUGACAAUCGCAACCGCGAUGAUGGAUGAAGACCCUGAAUGCACCACAACUCACGUGACUACAUUUCACCUUAAACGCAACUCAAGAGUGCCAUCGUACGACCCUGAGCGCGCCACAAGAGCUACGAGGACAGCAUUUAAUAACUCGGACCACAAGACUCCAGUCUGACGACCGUGAAUACACCACGAGAGGGACUACAAGGACGUCCUACGGCCACAACACAUCUGAUGACCCUGAACGCAUCACCGCGGGUGACGACAAAACCCGAUGACAGCAUCUUAUGACCUGGACGCAAUACUCGUGACUUGCAAGAGCGGACGACCCUAAACGUGCCAGCUUGCCAGUUUUUCUAAAUCAAAAAUGUCUUGAAAGAUUAACUCUUGGAGAAUCCGAAAUGGCGUUUUUUUUUUUUUUCUUCAUUUUAUAGCUAUGCAAUGCUGCCUAACACACUUCUUUUUCACUCUGAAGAUGUUUUAUUUAUUCACGGACUGUGUGCUGAUUUAAAUUGUUUUAUUGUUUGGGUGGUGGUUGUGAGUUAAGUUGAGCAUCCAAUCAGAGCUCUCAAAAAGUUUUAUCAACGAGACACAACGGACUCUUAUUAGGUACACCACCUGUUGAGAUAUGUGUCCCUAAUGUUGUAGCUGCUGGAUGUAUGUGUAAAGAGGCAUUGCUUAAAUGGGAUGAGGUGUUCAAUGACAAA